UCAUGUUAGUGUCAGUAUGGGUUUUACUCAUUAUGAAAUGUUUCAUUCUCAUUAAUGAAGCAAGUGGUUUGGCUGGAGGAAAAUCGUUUGAGCCUCUUAUUUUGACACCAUUUUUAAAAAAAGGGCUUAUUAAGACUUCACAAAAACUUGCAACUACUUACAUUGGAGGUAGGACAAGUUACUCUGGCUACUUCACUGUGAACGAGGCAUGUGAAAGUAAUUUAUUCUUUUGGUUCUUCAAGGCAGAGAAAAACUGGCAGACAACUCCUAUGUUACUUUGGCUGAACGGUGGGCCAGGCUCCACGUCCAUGUUUGGACUGUUUGAAGAACAGAUCGGGCCUUGGAACCACUUGAAAACUGGCUUUGAGCCCAACAAAUACGCUUGGACCCAGUACUUCAACGUGAUCUUCUUCGAUCAACCUGUAGGAACAGGUUAUAGCUUCACUAACAAAGGAUGCUACGCUGAAAACAUGACUGUGGUAAGAAACGACAUGUACUCAGCACUUGUUCAAUUCUUUACAAUGUUUCCUGAUUUGAAAAACAACUCAUUUUUUAUGACGGGAGAAUCAUACGCUGGUAUGUACAUACCGGCUAUUGCACAUGAAAUCGACAUUCAAAAUCCAACUGCUUUAGUAAAAAUCAACUUGACUGGAAUUAUAAUGGGAAAUCCUGAAAUUGACAUGCGGUGCAUUUACACUGCUAAUUACUUAUACGAAUUGGGUAUAAUCGACAGUAAAACACGUGAUGGGAUUAAAAGUAAAUUUGACGAAUUCAUUAAGGCUUUAGAUGCUAAAAACUAUACACGAGCUUAUGAACUGGAAAGUCAAGCAUUUGGCAAUGACCAAAUGAGAGAGGCCGGUCUUCCAAGUGACUACAAUAUCAUUUACGACAAAGAGCGUAAGGAUGAAUUUCAGUUCUACAUAAGAAAUUACAAGAUAAGGAGACAACUGCAUGUCGGACCAAUUCCUUUCACACUUAAUAGCAAUACUGUCCUUGACAAAUUACUGUUUUAUGCUUACAAGUCAGAAGCUAAAAUGUUCAUUGAGGAAUUGUUGAAGACAAACAAGUACAUUGUGGGUUUGUACGCCGGGCAGCUAGACGUGUUGUGUCUCUACAGCUCUAUACCAUGUGUGGUGGCAGGCCUGGACUGGCCGGGACAGCAGGUGUACAAACAGGCUCCCAGACUGAGGUGGUAUGUGGAGGGUAAUUUGGCCGGUUGGAUCAAGAUUGCUGGAAACCUGUGGGAGGUAGCAGUGCGUAAGAGUGGACAUGACUUACCCACAGACUACGGAGAGGCUGCUCUAGACCUCAUCACAGCUGCAACCGCAGAUUCUCCUGGUUCACCACUGCUCACGCGACUUACAACUCAGCAGUAGAUCAUUCACUUGUUUACUGAAUAAUGCCUCACAAAUAAUUUAUAUGUAAGUAAAGAUUUCAC